UCUUUUUAAUUCGCAUUGUCGUACUAAAGCAAUUGAAAUGAAAUCAGUAGAUCAAAUACUUCUUCUAUUCCUUACCAAAGAUGGAGAGCAGAGAGCUGGUUUUCAUUCCAGGGCCAGGAAUGGGUCACCUCGUCGCCGCUGUUGAAAUUGGCAAGUUACUCACCAGCCGAGCCAAUUGUCUUUCAAUUACAUUCUUUAUCAUCGACCUUCCAAUUGAAACAGCUAUACAUACUUAUACAAAGACAUUAGCAGUAAUUGAUGAUUCUACCACUUCACGCCUACGAUUCUUACACCUUUCUCCUCCUCAAUCUCAAAGUAACAAUCGUAAUAAACCUCAAGAAGCUGUUCUCGUUGAGUUUUUUGAUAAUUCCAAGCAAAUAGUAAGAGAGGCAAUUGUUGAGAAUUUCAUGACUCCUAAAAGUAAGUCCGGUACUCGACUUACUGGUGUGAUUGUUGAUAUGUUUAGUGACAAAAUGAUAGAAGUAGCAACUGAACUUGGUCUACCGAGCUAUGUGUUCUUUACUUCUAGUGCUGCUUUUCUCGGCCUCAUGUUUUAUGCACAGACGCUUAAAGAUGAUCAUGAUCGUGAUAUCUCCGAUUUCAAGGAUUCGGAUACGUUACUGCCUGUUUCGACUUAUUUAAAUCCUCUUCCAGCUAAGGUUUUGCCAAGUGCCAUGCUGGAUAAAGAUGGUCGUUUGCGUCUACCCCUGUCUACUGCUCGAAUGAUACGACAGGCAAAAGGGAUCAUAGUUAAUACUUUCUUAGAGCUUGAGCCACAUCCAAUUAAAUCUCUCGGUAAAGAAGAUGGGGUUCCAUCUUUAUACCCAGUUGGGCCUAUAAUCAACUUGAAUCAAGAACGGGACGAGAGUAUCAACGACUGGUUAGAUGAGCAACCAGAUUCUUCGGUACUGUUCCUCUGUUUCGGGAGCUAUGGGAGCUUUGACGAGGAACAGUUGAAGGAAAUUGCUAUAGCCCUUGAGUGUUGCGGCUGCCGUUUCUUGUGGUCCCUACGACAGCCGCAGGCCAAGGGCAAAAUAGGUACUCCGGACGAUCUUGCACGUCCGGAGCAAGUGUUGCCAGAAGGUUUUUUUAAACGAACUUCACGACGAGGUAAAUUGAUCGGAUGGGCACCUCAAGUGGCAGUGCUGUCACACAGGUCAAUUGGAGGAUUCAUUACGCACUGUGGUUGGAAUUCUGUACUGGAAAGCUUGUGGUUUGGAGUGCCAAUGGCAACAUGGCCUAUGUAUGCAGAGCAACAAGUAAAUGCUUUUGAGUUGGUGGUUGAUUUGGAAAUGGCCGCGAAUAUAAAGAUGGAGUAUCGGAGUGAGAGUCCCGUUUUGGUCACAGCAGAGGAGAUAGAGCGCGCCAUAAGGCGACUGAUGUUGGAUAGUGCAGAGGAGAAGAAUGGUAUCAGAAAGAAAAUGGAGGAGAUGAAAGAAAAGAGCAGGAGAGCCAUGUUAGAAGGGGGAUCAUCUUACUAUUUUCUGGAGAAUCUGAUCAAAGAUAUUAAGGAUCAUUCACCUACUUGAAAAUUUUAAUUGCUUUCUGCUACUUUCUACUACAACAACAAACCCAGUGUAAUCUCAUUGGGGUCUAGGGAAGAUAGUGCGUACGCAGACCUUACCCCUACCUUAUAGAAAUAGUGAAGUUGUUUCCAAUAGACCCUCGACUCAAGGAAUUGCUUUCUGCUACUUUCACAAUCAUAAUGUAUAGCUAGAGAGAGCAUCAUAUGGCACUGAGUUGGUAUGUAUUCGCCGAGUCUCUCUCUAUCGCUCAUUCUUAGAUGUCAAUCUUUUAAUGACAUGGAUUUUAGAAUUCAUGUUUUUUCCAUUGGCAAAUUAAACUUUCACUUACAA